AUCUCUUCACAAACCAAACCAAACCAAAACCCAUACCUUUCCUUCUUUUCUUGAAUUAUAAUGGCUGAUAUUGGAGGGUCAGUUUCUGGGUCAAGAAUGUGGUGUUCAAUUCCUGAGAAGCUUCAGCUACAUGGUGCCAUGUUGGCCUUGCAAUUUGGCUAUGCUGGCUUUCAUGUUGUCUCAAGGGCUGCCCUUAAUAUGGGCAUUAGUAAACUUGUCUUCCUUGUUUAUAGGAACAUCAUUGCCUUUUUCCUUCUCCUUCCCUUUGCAUAUUUUCUUGAAAAGAAGGAACGCCCUCCCAUUACUUUCAAUUUCCUCCUUCAGUUCUUCCUUCUUGCCCUUGUUGGAAUCACAGCGAACCAGGGGUUUUACUUGCUAGGUUUGGAGAACACAUCACCGACGUUUGCAUCUGCGAUACAAAACUCGGUUCCGGCCAUAACAUUCCUAAUGGCUGCAUUGCUCCGAAUAGAACAAGUGCGACUAAACAGAAAAGAUGGUAUAGCAAAAGUGAUGGGAACAAUAUGCUGUGUUGCUGGGGCCACAGUGAUCACUCUUUACAAAGGUCCAACAAUAUACAGCCCAACUCAUUCACUACAAACAGCCACCACCACCGCACCCAUUUUCGCUUCUCUUGGGGACGCAACCGGCAAAAGCUGGACCCUUGGCUGCGUCUUUUUGAUCGGUCAUUGCUUGUCUUGGUCUGGAUGGCUUGUUUUGCAAGCACCCGUUUUGAAAAAAUACCCAGCUCGUCUCUCUGUCACUUCUUACACUUGUUUCUUUGGGAUAAUUCAGUUUGUUAUCAUUGCUGCCAUUGUCGAGCGAGAUGCUCAGGCUUGGCUCUUUCACUCUGGUGGUGAAAUAUUUAGCGUGUUGUAUGCGGGAGUGGUAGCUUCGGGAAUUGCUUUCGCUGUGCAGAUAUGGUGCAUACAAAGAGGUGGGCCUGUGUUCGUUGCUGUUUAUCAACCAGUUCAGACACUCGUUGUCGCUGUCAUGGCUUCCUUCGCUUUGGGUGAAGAGUUCUUCUUGGGAGGGAUCAUCGGGGCGAUAUUGAUCAUCGCCGGCUUAUACUUCGUCCUUUGGGGAAAAAGCGAAGAGAGAAAAUUUGCACUUGAGAAGGCUGCGAUCCUCUCCGCUCCGGACCACACUAACAACAGAACACCCCCACUCAUCAAGCCCUCCAUUACUCAGCCACUUCUCAUCCAUUCAUCAAACGACAACGUUUGACUUUCACCACUCAAAUGUUUCAACUCCAUGUUUUCAAAGCUCUCAAAAAAAAAAAAAAAAAAAAGCUUAUGUGUGUAUUAAGAUUUUCAUCUUUUGCCCAUCUUUGUUGACUUUGAUUUUAUUUUUUUUUCCUCAAUAGCUUUUGUUAAUUAGAGAUGGGUUGGGGAAAAGGGAAAAAAGGGGGUUGAAAGAGAGAUUCAUAUGUGAAGAACGGAUGAACUUGUAUUGAUCAAUGCCACUUUGAGUUUGUGUGGGAUCCAAAUUUCAUCUUUGCUUU